AGGCAAAAAAAGACCCUUCUCCUUUAACUGCAAGAAAAAUGCGAAAAGUAGCUAAUUAUUAUAUUAUAGAUGCAUUAUGUUGCCAGAAGCUUUUGGUAAAGCUAAGACAAAUAAAUGAUUACAGAGAAGUCGCUUCCAUAGCUCAUGUAUCUUUGUUUGACUCACACUAUCAUGCAAAUGGAAUGAAGGUACGAAACCUUCUGAGUGCUUAUGCUUUUAAAUGUGAUAUGGGAAUUGAAACGAGAAGACCUGUAACGGGAUUGGACUUUGCCUCAUUAUAUCCUAGUCUCAUCAUGACUUACAAUCUCUCUCCAGAUAAAAUAAUACUAAUACAUGAAGAGGUUGAUAUUGCAGAAAAAAAUGGAAACAUUUUACAUAAGAUUGAGUUUCCAUUCAAUAACCGCACUGAUUUAUUCAAUAUGAGAGUAGAGCUUAAAGCACAUUUUGCCCCAUUAGGAAAGAAAAAGCUACAAUUUAGAAAGAUAAUUAGUUCUGCUAAAAAAAGAGGCAAAAGGAUUCUAGAAAGCUUAAAUUUAGAAUAUUCAUCCAUAUGUUUCGAUUACAAUUAUUCAGAUUUGAAGCAAAGAGCUUUGAAGAUAUAUAUGAAUACUUUUUAUGGGGAGACAGGCAACUCAAAAUCUUCAAUCUUUCUUCAAAGGGUUUGGGAUAAAUAUGGUGAUACUAAUUCUUUAUAUCUCAGUUGUCCAGAUAAGUAUUAUGAAAAAUGUGAUGAAGCCUUCUCUAGAAAAGAUCUUUCUAAAGAAGCAUACUGGAUCGAAAUAGUCAAAAUUACUAUAAAUGUGAUGAAAAGCUUGCGUGAUCAAGUAAAUGCUUAUCUUGGGAAAAAAAUAGCACAUCCUAUUUUAAGAUGGCAUAUGAAGAGGUAUUAUUUCCCAUCUGCUUUACUGGCAAGAAAAUGUUUCGGUGUAUUACAUGAAGAAGUGGUCAAUUUUAGGCCAGAUGAUCUCUUUAUGAGAGAAAUUGAUACUGUGAAGCAAGGGAAUUCUGAGCUCUUCAUGUUUAUCAGAGAAAAGAUUAUGUGGGAGGCAAUAAGUAUCAAUAACACACAUUCAAUUGGUAAAAUUAUUGAAGAAGCUCUUCAGGAUGUUAAAUUUAAGCAGUUGGAUUUUAAUCAGUUUAUUGCAAUGUCUAAAUGA